AGCAGCCAGCUGGGUGGGGCUCCGAGCAAACCCGCCUGCCACCAUGGUGCACUGGUCAGCCGAGGAGAAGCAGCUCAUCGCCAACAUCUGGGGCAAGGUCAACGUGGAGGAAUGCGGUGCCGAGGCCCUGGCCAGGCUGCUGAUCGUCUACCCCUGGACCCAGAGGUUCUUCUCUUCCUUCGGGAACCUCUCCAGCCCCACCGCCAUCAUCGGCAACCCCAAGGUCCGCGCCCAUGGCAAGAAAGUGCUCACCUCCUUUGGGGAAGCUGUGAAGAACCUGGACAACAUCAAGACGACCUUUUCCAAGCUGUCUGAGCUGCACUGCGAGAAGCUGCACGUGGACCCCGAGAACUUCAGGCUCCUUGGAGACAUCCUCAUCAUCGUCCUGGCUUCCCACUUCACCAAGGAUUUCACCCCUGCCUGCCAGUUCGCCUGGCAGAAGCUGGUCGGCGUGGUGGCUCAUGCUCUGGCCCGCAGGUACCACUGAGCAUCCCCGGGCCCGGCUGUGUGAGGAAGAGUCCCUGUAACCCCCCAGCACCUCUGAGCAUGAGGAGAUGCCCUUCAGAUACUGACAGGCUGUGGCCACCAAAUAAAUGUCUCUCAGCACCAUG